CGUCUUCCUUUUUGUACAUUAUACCUUUUUUUCGCUGUCAGCUUCAUUUGAUUUAAGUUCUAUGCUUGUAUACACUGUUAUUUACCACAUGGUGUGAUUGAACAUUUGAGCAGCUGCAGCAGAGGAAAGGACCAGCCAUGUGUGUAAAAGUCACACUUUCUAGAUUCUUUGUUUUACUUCUCUCCUUAUCAGAGGUACGGAGUCAGGAGGGCUGGGGAGUCACUUACACCUCUACUCAGAUCUGCACUUUGAAAGGAUCAACAGUGAAAAUACACUGCACCUACACAUACCCCCCCAGAAUCCAUGGAAAUGUCACAGUGCUGGAAACAGCUUCAUGGUUUACUGAAGGUAAAGAUCAAGUCCCCGUGGAUCUGAUGACACAGACAGAGUAUGCGGAUCGUGUACAGUAUCAAUGUGGAGAAAAGGAAUGCACCCUGAUGAUUGAAGACCUGAGAGAGAGCGACUCAGCUGAGUACAAGUUCAGGUUCACGACCAACCAACCAGGUGGAGGUUAUACAGCUAAACGUGGAGUCGUCCUGUCGGUCACAGGAACACCUUCUGUGGCAGCCUACUUCGGUUAUGAAGACAGCGUUUCCUGUGCUGUAAGAGGACAUGAGAAGUUCCCUUCUGCUUCAGUCUGUGUCCAUCCUCCCACCUGUGACAAAGUGACUUACACAGACAGAAGCAUCUGUGCCCCCAAAGGCUCAUCGGUGGAUAUUUCUUGCACAUACAGUCCUGGAAAUGGUGUUGUAUCAAAGAGUUGGUUCAACCCUCACAACAAUUACCACUUACUUCGUGAUAAAGACCGUGUUCAGGUCCAUGAAACAGCAGGAAGGUCAACUCUGAGAAUACGGGACCUUAGAGACACUGAUUCAGCUGAAUAUCGCUUCAAAUUCAAAACAAGGGAUUUUGAAUGGGGGAAUGAUUUACCUGGAACGACUCUGACUGUCACAACUCUGCAGGUGCAGGUGAACAGGAUAAUAGCAGUCAAUGGGUCUUACACUGAUGUGGAGCUGAAGUGUCACAGCAGCUGCAAACCAGCUGCUCAUCGUUCCUACAUCUGGUUUAGGAACGGACAGAAGAACACGAUCCAGCAAACUUCUAAAUACAGAGACAACUUUCACCCUGAGGACAACGUCUCCUGUGCUUUGAAAGGAUACGAGGACCACCGAUCUCCUCCAGAGUAUCCGUCAAAGCUUCCCUCUCUGUCGGUGAGUCCCUCUGGUGAGAUCUUGGAGGGCAUGUCAGUGAAUCUGACCUGCUUCACCUAUGCUAACCCAGCAGCUAAGAAUACUCUGUACAAGGGGAACCAAACGCUGCCUCUGGGAUCAGCAGGUAUUCAUCACUUCUCCUCCAUCAGCUCUGAGGAUAGAGGGAUCUACUCUUGCAAGUCUGAGGAUCAACACUCUGUAUCUUUGGUCCUUGAUGUCCAGUAUGCUCCAAAGCUCCCGUCUGUGUCAGUGAUUUCCUCAGGUGUGAUAUCAGAGGGAACCUCAGUGACGCUGAGAUGCAGCAGUGAUGCUAACCCAGCAGCUAAUUACACCUGGUACAAGGAGGAUGGAGACUCACCAAAAGCUUCAGGAAACAACUUCACUAUCAGUGACUUCAGAGCUGAACACGGUGGAAAUUAUUACUGUGAAGCCCAGAACAGCAGAGGACGACGUAGAUCCAGAUUUCAUCUGAUUGAAGGGGAAGGUCCAUGGAAGUUUCUAGUAUCUGUUUUGAUUAAAGUUAUUUCUCUGGUUUUCUUCGUCGUCUCAUCCUUACUGUUGAUAAGAGAGAGGUGCUUGAAGAACCAGCUGAGGACUCAGGAGAGACCAGAAUACAGUAUAGAGAUGGUCGAUUAUCAGAAUGUUACAAUUCCCACAUCCGAGACAAACCUCAUCCAUUCAGCUAUUCCAACAUGAAGAGCAGGACUCAGCCCCAGCUCUCAGGGAGGUGCAGGAAGGAGAGAUGGAGCAGCUGAGGAGGAUUCAUCAGGACUGAACAGAGUCCAUGAAGACAGCAGAGCUGAAUGAAUUCUUGUAGACAGAUUUACCAAAAUGCAGUAACGAGGGGAAAAUGUAAUAUUAAACACAUCUCUGAGCGAAGAAGCAUAGGCACAUUUAUCGUAGCGCUGUAAGGCCUUAGCAGGAAGUAACAGCCUUUAUCUUUUUGUAAAAUCUUUCAUGUGGCUGGAGCUGGUGACCAUCUCAGCACCACCACUGUGAAAAGUGCAGUAAUGUAACUUAUAAGGUCUUGGUUGAGUCUCAAAUGAUGCUAAAGUUUGAAAAUGGGUUUGGGACCAUGUUAUAAAAAUGUAUGUGCAAAAUGAUUUAUGCUUCAUAAUGUUUCUAAAAUAUCAUUGUGCUUGCAGCAUUACAUGUUGAAAAAAUACUGUGAAAUAAAUGUUGGAAG